AGUGCGAGAAGUGUGUUUAUUCACUAGUCAGCUGAGUGUCAGUUCACUGAACGCUGAAGCGCAUGCUCGUGUCUUGCCUGUAUGCCUGCUAAAAGAGCCUCGCAAAACUAAUAUGAUAAGGAUCACUUCUAAAGUGCAGACGAUUGUCGCAGCCAGAAGGACUAUUUUUUUCUUCCAAAAUGACACAGUGGGAAAGUUUGCAGCGGCUGGAUACGGCGUAUCUGCAGAAGGUUUUUGAUUUGUACAAUGGAGAUGAAUUAUCUAUGGAUGUUAGAUAUUAUCUGGCACAUUGGAUCGAGGGCCAGGACUGGGAGCGUGCCUCUAGGGACUCUUCCCAAGCAGUGCUCUUGUAUCAGGUGCUUCUGGAAAAUCUCGAUAACCAGUUCAGUCGUUUUGCGCAAGAGAGAGGGUUUUUCCUUCUGCAACAUAAUAUCCGACGCCACAAACAAAACUUUCAGAAGUAUCAAGAGGAGCCCUGUACUCUAGCUACUAUUAUCCACUCGUACCUAGUUAAGGAGAAAGAAAUCCUAAAUGAAGCAGAGCUUGCACAACAAGUGAAGAUUUUGCAGGUUCAGCCAGCUGCAAUGGAGUUGGAAAGCCAGAGAAAAUUAGAAAAUAAUUUAAAAGCUCUCAAGACCAAAGUGGAGCAGGUGAUGGAACACAGCAUAAGGUGUUUGGAGGAGCACCAGGAUGAGUUUGACUUCAAAUAUCAGACACACCAAAUGGACAGUGGAGCUUGCUCAGAAGAAGAGAAGAAGCAGCAAACAGAAAGGAUUCAGAAGAUGCUCAACGCACUCGAUAGGUCUAGAAAGACCUUCCUGUCUGAAAUGUCGACUGUGUUGGACUCUGCUGAUUCUUUGUGCUCUGUACUCGUUGACGAGGAACUUGUGGACUGGAAGUGGAGACAGCAGAAGUCCUGCAUUGGUGCUCCAGAUGAUACAAGUCUGGUACAAUUAGAGAAAUGGUUUACUGUGAUGGUGGACUGUGUUUUCCAGCUGCGGAAGUUCUUACAGAAGCUUGAUGAGCUGGUAGGGAAGACGAGCUACACAUAUAACCCCAUUCCACUGCAAAUGCCCCCUUUAAAGAAUAGGUUGGACACUCUACUGACCCAGCUGCUGAAGAGUGCAUUCGUAGUGGAAACUCAGCCAACCAUGCCACAAUGUCGAGGCCCACUGGUGCUGCGCACAGGUGCCCAGUUCUCAGUCAAAGUCAGAUUCUUGUAUAAAGUUCCUGAGCUUAACCAUGUUAUGAAGGUGUCUGUCUCCAUUGACAAGGCUGCUCCUCAAAUGAAAGGGGUUCGGAAGUUUAACGUGCUGGGCACAUCGAGCAAAGCCCUUAACAUGGCUGAGAGUAAGAAUGGGGGUAUGGUGGCUGAUUUCAGACAUUUGACUUUGAAAGACCAGAAGGUUGGUGGUGGAGGAAAAGGAAUCAAUGAGCUCUCAUUGAGUGUGACUGAAGAACUACACAAUGUAAACUUUGAGGCACAGUUUGACUAUCAAGGCCUGUCUGUCUCUUUGGAGACCUCUUCUCUUCCGUUUGUGGUGAUUUCAAAUUCAAGUCAGCAGCAGAGUGCCUGGGCAUCUGUUCUGUGGUUCAACAUGCUCUGUUCAGAUUCUAAGAACUUGACAUUUUUUGAGAGCUCUCCUGUAGCCACCUGGCCGCAGUUUGGGGAGAUGCUGAGUUGUCAGUUUCUCUCCUGUGGAAAACGGGGUCUGGACAAUGAUCAGUUGGAGACCCUCGCCAUCAAACUCUUUGGUAAACAACAGCAUUAUGACAACUGUAAGAUAUCCUGGGCCAGAUUCAGUAAGGAGAAUAUCCCUGGUACAACCUUCACCCUGUGGGUGUGGCUGGAUGGUAUUCUCAACCUGGUUAAAACAUACCUGUUGGAUCUGUGGAGUGAUGGAUCUAUAAUGGGUUUUGUGAGCAAAGGAAAGGAGAAGGUUUUAUUGAAGAAGAAACAGAAUGGCACUUUCCUGUUGCGUUUCAGCGAGAGUAUCAGAGAUGGUGGAAUUACUUUUAGCUGGGUGCAGUAUUCUAACGAUGGCAAACCAAAUGUUCGAGCAGUGCAGCCAUUUACCAGUGCAGACCUGAAGCAGAUUGCUUUGCCUGAGAUUGUCCGCAAUUUUCAGAUCAUGGAAGCUGCAAAUGUUUCAGUUAACCCACUGUGUUAUCUUUACCCAAACACCCCUAAAGACCAGGCGUUCAGCAAGUACUACAGUGAAAAGACUGGAGAGGAGAAUCCUUACUUGAAAUACCUCAAAACCAAGUUGGUUUUUGUUUCACACAAAGAGAACGGAUGUACAAGCAUCAGAGAGGGGCCAGAUUCUGACCUGUGCUCUCAGCACAGAGAAGAAAGUCAUUUGGAUUUGGAACAAUAUGAGGAACCUCCUGCUUCUGAGGCAGAAAAUGAUGUCAUGCUCCAAGGGCUGGAGAAUUCACCCAUGCUGUCCAGCUCAACCAUUGAUGCUGACUUGUUUAACAUCAUUUUAGAGGAUGAUUCCGGUGAUGUUUUACAAGCAUUCCCAGAAACAGUUUCCAACAUUUCAGCACCAUGCUUCCAAGGCACUUUUCCUGAGACUAGUGUGAAUGACCUCUUUCCAGAAGCAUUCUCUCCUUCUGACACUGAUGUUAAUACCACAUUGCAAGAGUUUCUAAGUGAUCCGAACAUCCUGAAUGGAAUGAACCCUUCUCUCCUGCAGGAGGAGCCAGAGGCCUCCAUCCCUGAUCAUGGUCUUCUUGAUUAUGGUAUCUCUUUUAGCAUUCCACUGACACCCUGAAUUUUACCCUUUUUAACUCAAAUCUAUGACCUAAUUGAACAACUCAUUGUCUCACGUACACAUUUUUCAUUUUUAAAGCAUUUCUUCUUGCAGACUUAAAUGUUGCAUCAUUGCAAGCCAUUUUCCAUAGAUCUGGUUCAGUAUUAGUGAUGCAAAAUGCUUAUUACAGCUCAGAACUUCAUUUGCAAUAUUAAUUUCAUUAUUAAACCAUCCAUUUAUAUGUCUGUCUUUCUGUUCAUCUAUGUAUCUGUUACUGGGAUCUAUUCUCUAUUUUAACAUAAGAAAGCCUUUGACCAGAUGCAUCCAAGUCAAAAAACAAAGCCUGCACUCUAGAAUGAGGUCAUAAGCUGCUAGUAAAUGUUUGUCCCUAGAAAACGAAGAUAAAUGGAAUGGGGGAAAAUGUUUUAUUGAAAAUAAUUCAAAAUAUAUAUUACUGCACCUUUGUGUUUGGAGAAUAGUACGUGGACUUUUUAAGUUAUAUUGACUGUGUUUGUGAAAAAUACAAACCCCUACUAUUUGAUCUAAGAAUUGAUUAGCUUUUUUGCAAGUCAACAGAGUAGUUUGUCCUCUUCUAUUCUAAAAAAGAAAACUGGAGAGAUUUUAUUAAAGAGAUAUAAUUUGAAACUUUAUUUAGUCCCUAUUAAUGUGUUAAUAGACGCACCUUAAUGUCAAUCAGCCAUUACUUCCCAGCUAAUGUUUAAAAGCAGCUCAUGUGCAGCCCUGUAAGUUCUGUGGUCAUGUUGUGCAUAUAUUUAUGAAUAUAGAACAAAUUCUCCAAGUAACCUGGAAGUUUAAACUUUUAAGAAGUGUAAAACACAUGAAAAUGUCAACAAAAGCAAUUUUUAUCUGUUUGUAUCCCCUGGUUUGGAACUUGGGAAUUAGUAAACUUUAAAAGAGAUACAGUUGUCUUGGUUGAGAUGUAAUGUCUUAAUGUUACAUUGAGGGGAACUAUGUUCAUUUCAGUUGUCUUUUAAUAUUAAGGUGAUGCUUUAUCUUUUUGCAUCUCGUGAUUACUCAUUAAUGAAAAACAAACAUAGCUAAAAAAUUAUCUGUGGGUAAAUUUAUUUCUGUGAAAUGGUGUGUCUUUUGUCCUCUUAAAGACAUUAACCUUAUCAUUUUUUUUUUUGUCAUUUAUGAUCAGUCAUAUUUUACACCACUAUUAAGAUGGCACAAUGUAGAGAAGUGCCUGAAUGUGUUUUUGAAUAUUUUGUUUUCAGAUCUUUUUACAGGGAUGCAAACUACUAACCUUUCAGCGAAAGUCACCUUUUCUGAAACUAAUUUGCCCAAAUUGUUUGGUAAAAUUUUCUAAAUUUCUUUAUUAAAAUCACUUGAAAGGGUUAAGCAUAACACUUAAAAAAGCUUUAAAUACAACAAACAGAUCAAGAGAAAUUCUGCACUCACUGAGCACUUUAUUUGGAACAUCUGUACACCAACUUAUUCAUGCUAUUGUCUAAUCAGCCAAUCAUGUGGCUGCAAUGCAUAAAUUCCUGCAGAUACGGGUCCGGAGCUUCAGUUAAUGUUCACAUCAACCAUCAGAUUGUGGACAAAAUGUGAUCUCAGUGAUUUUGACCGUGGCAUGAUUGUAGGUGCCAGAUGGGCUGGUCUGAGUAUUUCUGUAACUGCUGAUAUCCUAGGAUUCUCACACACAACAGUCUCUAGAAUUUACUCUGAAUGGUGCCAAAAAAAAAAAAAAAAAAAAAAAAAAACAUCCAGUGAGUAGCAGAUCUAAGGACAGAAACACUUGUUGAUGAGAGAGGUCAAUGGAGAAUGGCCAGACUGGUUCAAGCUGACAGAAAAGGCUACAGUAACUCAGAUAACCACUCUGUACAAUUGUAGUGAGAAGAAUAGCAUCUCAGAAUGAACAACACGUCAAACGUUGAGGCGGAUGGGCUACAACAGCAAAAGACCACGUUGGGUUCCACUUCUGUCAGCUAAGAACAGAAAGCUGAGGCUGCAGUGGGCACAGGCCCACCAAAACUGGACAGUUGAAGAUUGAAAAAACGUAGCCUGGUCUGAUGAGUCUCGAUUUCUGAUGAGGAACGCAGAUUGUAGGGUCAGAAUGUGGCGCCAACUGCAUGAAUCCAUGGACCCAACCUGGCUUGUGUCAACAGUCCAGGGCUGCAUUUCAAAAAGCAUCGAGACUAAGUAGAUCGCAGAAACCAUUGACGCCAAUGGCCUCAAUGAUCAACUUAAGCUUACGAUGCUUUUGGGAAACACAGCCCAGGCUGGUGGCGAUGGUGUAAUGGUGUGGGGAAUGUUUUCUUGGCACACUUUGGGCCCGUUAAUACCAAUUAAUCAUUGCUUGAAUGCCACAGCCUAUUUGAGUAUUGUUGUUGACCAUGUGCAUCCCUUCUUGGCCUCAAUUUACCCAUCUUCUAAUGGCUACUUCCAGUAUGUUGAUGCACUAUGUCACAAAGCAAAAGUCAUCUCAAACUGGUUUCAUGAACAUGACAAUUAGUUCACUGAUCUUCAGUGGCCUUCCCAGUCACUGGAUCUGAAUCAAAUAGAAUGCCUUUGGGAUGUGGGAGAUUCGCAGCAUUAAUGUGCAGCUGACAAAUCUGCAGAAAUUGCAUGAUGCAGUCAUGUCAACAGAACCAGAAUCUCAAAGGAAUGUUUCCAACAUCUUGUAGAAUCCAUGCCACAAAGAAUUGAGGCAAAAGGGAGGUUUUGAGAGCAAAGGGAGGCCCUACUCAAUAUUAGUAUAGUGUUCCUUAUAAAGUGUUCAGUGAGUGUGCAUCUGGAACACCUGUUAUGACUUUGUCACCUUUUUCACUGCUCAUGAGUUUACAUCCCUGUAUUUAUAUGGCCUCUAUAGAAUGUUGAGACAUCGUGCCAACAGAAUGGUGAACCAGUCGAUAUCUGUUCACUUACAGUUGCCAAAUAUUCAAAUGAAUUGCUUGUUAGAAUUGACACACAUUCCACUGUGUAAUGUAUACACAUUUAGUUUAUAUAUUGAUGAUUAUGAAAUUUGCUGCUUUCUACAUUUGGUGUAAUCUGGUUGAGUAUGAUCCCACAAAUAUAAUAACAGCAAACAACUUUUUAGAGAUGAUUCAUGAGAAUUUUGAUGCCCUUUAAUAAUGGUAUUUUUCUGACAACAAAAUUGCUUGUUUUUAUCUUACCUCAGCUUUGAUGUCACUCACAGUGUGGCUGUUCCUUUGUUGCAGUGUUAAAAAUGUUGAGAUUACACUGUAAGAAAUGCAUGGUUUACUAGCAUUACGGCAGUGUGUGUGUGUGUGCGUGUGUCCAGACUAAAGCCGAAAUGUCUAUUAUUUGAGACUAAAGAUAAUAAGAGGAAAUAGCUCUGUCAAAAAUAUAAAAACACUGCUGGCUUUGUUUUAUUUCAGUAUUUAAACGAAGCAGUUUACAAAUAAAAAAUAAAUUAUUGCUUUUCAUUUAAGAUUUUCUUUAGAAAUAUACUGUAAACAUAUAUUUAUACAUUAAUUAGACUGGCAAAACACUGAUAUCAAUAUGCAUAUAUUAAGUAAAGAAAAAAAAUAAUUAUUUUAAUAAAGAUUCUAAAGAAUUGUGAAAAUAUUCCUCAAAACUGGCAAAAUGCAGAAAUGGUUUCUUAUUUAAUUUGUAGAUGGCAGAGCAUAAACAGUUGAUAGAUGCUUCAAACAAAAACAGUAAAGUAUGCAGAAGAGAGUACUUAACAUGGAACUGUCUUGUGGUUUCAAACGUGAGGUAAUAAAUGAAGCUGUGGCACUUCUGUUUGCUUUCACUAUUGCCAGGGUUGGGGAGUAAUGAAAUACAUGUAAUGGGAUUACGUAUUUAAAAUACAAAAUAUAAGUAACUGUAUUCCACUAAAGUUAUAAUUUAAAUCAUUGGUAUUUAGAAUAUAGUUACAUUCAAAAAGUAUUUUGAUUACUGAAGAGAUUAC